AUGAUGAACAUUGGUCUCCGAUUCGCUUCGACCGCCGCGAAGUCACACCACAAAGUCUUGGUGGUCGGAGCCGGUUCCGGUGGGCUAAAUGUCGCAAACCAAAUAUACAACCGAUUCAAGAAAGGUGGACAGAGCCUCGGAGACGGAGAUGUUGCAUUGGUCGACGGUGCUGAGUGGCAUCACUAUCAACCCGGGUGGACGCUUGUAGGCUCUGGACUAAAAGAGAAACACGACUUGCGAAAGCCUCUUGCUUCACUUAUCCCUCUCACAUUGCACAUCAUCAAAACCAUGUCACCAAAUUCUCCCCCGAUGGCUGUUGGGUUGCAGACUAACUGGUCCGCAAUUGAUGGGCUUGAGAAAGCACUCGCAGAUCCCAAAUCGGGGGUAUCCUCAAUUUACUCGUGGGACACAUGCGAUAAGGCUUGGAGGGAUAUUGACUCGCUGAGGGAAGGACGUGCCAUCUUUACCCAACCUGCUGGAGUGAUUAAAUGCGCUGGAGCUCCCCAAAAGGUUAUGUGGAUGGCCUGGGAUAACUACCAGAGGACGAAGCGCGGAGAGCAAAUCGAAAUAGACUUCAUUACUGGAAUGCCAACCAUGUUUUCAGUAAAAAAAUAUUCAGAUGCCCUCAAUGAGCUAAGGAAGUCGAGGGGGGUGGGCGGGAAAUUCGAGCAUAACCUGGUCUCAAUCGAUACCAAAGCACAAAAGGCCACCUUUAAAACUCCAGAUGGCAAACUAGUAGAAGAAAGUUACUCCCUACUUCAUGUCACUCCUCCCAUGGGGCCACCUUCGGUCGUUAAGAACUCCUCACUUGCUGACUCCGUAGGCUGGGUUGACGUCGAUCCUGGUACCCUCCAGCACAAAAAUGCAGCAUACAGCAAUAUUUUCGCACUAGGUGAUGCAUCAAGUCUACCUACAAGUAAAACUGCGGCAGCUAUCACUGCUCAAGCACCAGUAUUGGCCGAGAAUCUAUAUCAGGUGGUUAAUACUGGCAAGGUUGGGAAGGCAGCCUAUGAUGGUUACACCUCAUGUCCCCUGCUCACGGGAUAUAAUCAACUCAUGCUGGCCGAAUUUGUUUACGGGCUUCAACCCAAGGAGAGUUUCGCGGAACUGUUUGGGAUAGACCAAAUUGUGCCCAGGAGGGCUUUCUACCAUCUAAAGAAGGACUUCUUCCCUUGGGUAUACUGGAAUCGUAUGGUGAAAGGAGAAUGGUUUGGACCUAAGGGAUUCACAGCUCCAUCCUACUAA